AUGUCAGGAGGUAAGGCUCAUGACAAGGGAUGGAACUCGAGGAUACGGGAUGAUAGCGACAACAACAAUAGCCAUGUGGAUGAGGACGACGAAAGCGAUGGAGAAGACAAAGACAAAGACGACGAAGACAAUGAAGACGAUGAAGACGAUGAAGACAAAGACAAAGUCGGCGAAGGCUCCCUUGGCGAGGAAUGGGCUCCUCCUCCUCGCCAUCUCCGUGCCCGUCCUGACCGUCAUGAUGCUUGCGAUCAUCACUUCAAGUAUGAUUCAAAGCAUCGUCUAAGCGCUUAUGUAGACCUACGACAUUUAUGUCCACCUGUCUAUGACCAAGGGCAAAUGGGCUCCUGUACCUCCCACGCUGUGGCUGCCGCAUUUGAGUUCUCUGUGAUGCAGCAGAACCUCCCCCACUUUUUGCCAUCAAGACUAUUCAUCUGGUACAAGAGCCGCAAACUUGAGCAGCGUGCGGGGACUCAUGACGCGGUAAAGAAAAACAUUGGCGUUUCAUUGCGAAAUGCUAUUAAGUCCGUUAGUCCAAAAAACAAGGGUGGAGUCUGCUUGGAAGAGGACUGGUUGUAUGAAGUGUGCAAAUACAACAAGAAGACUCUUUACUUUGUAACAGGUGCCAAGGCGGAGGCUCCCCUCGGCUGCUGCGACGAAACACUCCUAUGA